GCCAUCUUCAGAAAGUUUUGGAGAAUCUGAAACUUGUGGAAAAGUGGAAGCAAAAUGAACUUUGCGAACCGGCAAAACCCCAGACCCCCACGUCUGCGAAGAAACGCUGCCGAGAAUCGCCAUCCAAAACACCAAGGGACUCGAAGAAAAGGCUACUUCGCACGCCAAAGUCACAAAAGUCUGGAUCAAAAGACACCGCCGUCCGAGCUCGAGAGAAGAUCACCGCUCCAGCCAACCUUGCUGCGCCACUCAGUAAAACUGCCUCAAAAGAACCGGUACAAAAACCCAGAAACCGUCUGCCGUGGAGAGAACAGAACUCUUGCCAACAUUCCUGAUCGACACAGUACAACAACGGUAACUGUAACCUACCCCAGCAGGGUGCACAGUCAUCUCUGUGACAACAGUCUGGCAGGGGUGGUGGAAAACAUAGCCAAGGGCAAACUGGAGACAGGAGCAAGGCUCAUCAUGGCACACCCACUCCUGUCAACUGAGAUACAGCACCAGCUAGAGGCAAAACUACAGAAGGAAGUUUCCUCCUUGCUAUCAUUGGGCAGUGGACCCAGCAUCCUUCGCAAAACAACACCAGAAGACCUGCAGGAGUUCUCCUAUGUUGACAUGGAACGGGACCUGAAGGCACGAGCACCCAUCCUGCAUUCUGUGCUUUCAACUGUUGGUGACCAUUCAACAGUUCACACAUGUGUUGCGGCAUCGGUCAUCAUUAGAGCAAAAGAGCCCAGAAUGUCUGCUCUAGCGUAUAUUAUCAAUGCCAUACUACAACAUGGUGGGGUGAAAAGAUCAGCACUAGAUAGACUUUGCAAGAUGGGCAUCACAACAUCUCACAAACAUGCGAUAAAAAAGCAAACUGAGAUGUCCCUACACUACGACCAGCCUGUAAAGCUAUGGAGAAGAGAGAUAGAACUGUAUGAAGUCACUGCUGCUGUGAACCCAGGAGACAGUCCGGCAGUUCUCCCUCCAACCCCCAGCCUGGCAGGGCUCAACCCCACCCCCACCGCUGUGAACCCAGGAGACAGUCCGGCAUUUCUCCCUCCAACCUCCAGCCUGGCAGGGCUCAGCCCCACCCCCACCGCUGUGAACCCGGGAGACAGUCUGGCCAUGGGAGGCUUCCGGUGUGUUGUAAGUGAUGAUGAACUGGCCAUGCUGGACCUGGGGAGGCUUGACAUCUCCACCGAUGCUGUGAAUCAAGGAGACAAUCUGGCCACGGGAGGCUUUCAGUGUGUUGUGACCGAUGAUGAACUGGCCAUGCUGGACAUGGAAAGGCUCAACAUCACAAGCUCACCACCGCUCCUCAGCAGUCCACCCCACCCACCUCCUUCAUACAGCAUCAUUUUUGACAACUUAAACUUCUUUGUCAAGACACACCACCAAACAGCCACCCAGCACAACACGCUCCACAACUGGACAAAUCACAUGGCAGUCCAAAACAAAGUCAACCCCCACCACCUUCCAGACAGCGGUGCUACAAAGCCUCUGCCUGAUCUUGACCUGGAUGAAGUUCUACCAACUCUUCACACACAGGCAUGCUCCAGAGCAGAAACCAUCGUGCUGUGCAGUAGGACCAUCACCAGAUACUGCAAAGCCUUUCACCCCUUCAAGGACGUUGUGGUCCGUCACAUCCCCCACAAGUACAGCAAGGAGAUGGCAGAGAAAUCAGUAGAGGUACCACUAGGGCUCCUCUUCAAGGACGAGAAUGACACGAGUGACCUUGUGGACAUUUUACUUCACAUGCAGAAAGAGUAUGUCCCAAGACGGGAGGGGAAUCUCUGCCCGAUAUUCGCUGGAGGAGACCGACUUUCCGAGGGGAACUCCCGAAACAUCCAAUGGGCAUUCCAAGACGGGGAUACACCUGAAGACCGGUUGGAGGGCCUAAUCCUCAAGUAUGAGGAUUGGCAUGCCAUCAGAAACCUAUGCUUUGUACACCGACGCAUCUUCUACUUAGAGCAGUCUGCAAAGGAACAUGGCACCAUGGCAUCCAACAUGAAUGUACUGAAAUGUACAAACGCCAAGAAGGGACCAGACAAGGACUACAAUUCCUACAAGGAAUUUGUAGACAAGGAAACGGACUGGUUGAUCCUGGCCGUAACAAUGGACCACUUUGGCAUGGAAAGUCUGGAUGAUACCCCAACAAAGGGCGGCUUUCCUGACCCGCAGGCCUUGGCAGAGUCCACCAAGGAGCAACGGAGACAAUGGCUUACAUCUCUAGUAGGUGCGGUUGUUGACAAAUAUGUCAUGAUGGAAGAGGGGGACAUUCUUGGGAACUUGACAAAGUGUGUCAAGGACGCAUUCUACCCUAAAGAAUGUCCCUCUCAUCCAUGCCGGUAUCCUGGCAGCGAGAGAGUGUAUCUGUUCGCUACAGGACGAGACAGACAUGAGACAAGAGUUCACGGUGGUAUUCUAGAACCCACGCCUGAACCAGAGGUGACAUCUGUGAAACCGAAGAGCACCCAGGAGCCAGACUACAAAAGAGCUCACACCUUAGCUUGUCUGGCUUUUGGGUUGCUGCUGAGGAAUAUGUGGGAUAGUGUGAAAGAGGGGGACGGAGAGCGACUGCAGCGCCUCUACUCGUAUGCCCUGUUAUACUACAGGGCGUUUGGCCAUACGCAGUAUGCGUACAGCUGCCUCCUGAUGAAAGUUCAGAUCGCCUCCAUCCUCUCUCCCUACAAGUCCCAUAGCCUCAUCUGGAAUAGGUUCUACAACCGGCCGGGGGGGGGGGUAGGUAAGAACAUAUCGUUGGAUCUCCGCCUAGAGCAUCUCAACAACUUUCUCAAGAGUUUCCUCAAGAACAUGGGACCAAACCUAAACGAGAAGAGCGCAUCCAGAGUAAGCCGCAGUCUGUACUGCCUGGACAGGUUGAUGUCCAACCAGGACAAAGUUCUGGGUGUGAAGCCACCUUCUGGCUAUCACCAUUCGGCCAGCUAUGAGGAUGAUGUGAAGCUCCUCCUGGAAGAAACCAGAGAGGCCAAUCUGUUGACUGUUGUCCCAGGCAGGUCUUUUGACGCCUUCCCUUCGUUCAAUCGGAAUCUUUUGAGUAGAUUAAAGUACAAAGCCAUGGCCGACUGGAUGAAGGGAAAGCUCAGACUGUGGAACAAGCUGUACCAUACCGAUGUGUAAUGUCUGGGUGCGCUCUUCUUAUUUAGGUUUGGAACCAUCUUUACCACUAGAAUUGCACUAUAUUGCAGUGGGUCUGUUUUGCUGCUGUCACAUUGAUUUCCUCACUGGUGGUGCAUUGCAUUGUUGUAUAUGUCAACUUCUUUUUUUAUGUUUAGAAGCUAGUAAGUUUG